AUGAUUCCUUUCUGGAUAGAGCUCCAAGGCCUACCUAAACAUUACUGGAAAGUCGAGAUGAUUCAAACCAUUGGAGAAAUACUAGGUGAGCUCCUAGACUGGGAAAUCACCAACUCAGCCAUCCAGCUUAAAGCGCUCAUAAAUGGGCUUGAUCCUAUCACAAAAGAAACGGUGGUUGAAUUUGCUGAUGGUAGUGAGAGUAGAUACCCGGGGCUCCAAACUAGAGAAUCAACUCCAUCAGGGGCGGGAGGACAAGCUAUUGAUCUGCAGGCACAUAGAUCAAUCUCAAGAAAUUAUUACACUCCACAGGACAACUUUCUACCCCCUAGAAACCAACAGCACAGUUCAGGGAGAUCUGCUUUACCUAGGCCAUACUCAAAUCCUAGAAACAGACAGUUUACCAGUAUCGAAGAAAGAGAGAGGUCUUUUUCAGCAAACAGAGAUUACCACCUAAAGCGUAAAGAUCCUGAGGUGGAAAAGCGCCUCUCCCACCAGCGUCGUACACCAUCUCGUCAAGUAGAGACUCCCUCACAAGGGGUAAGGGGUUCGAUAUUGUUAUCUGUAUCCCAUCGACAUCUCCCUCAACCAGUCCGCAACCUACAGUGGAGAGAAAAACCAACUACUUCAAUAGAUGAUCAUGGUGAUCCCUCUGUAUCCUCCCGAGCCAGGCGACCUCCUUUGGAGCGAAAUGUUUCUAGUCCGGAUCCAAACACACCUCCGCCAAGGCAGGAUGGCUUAUCCUCCUCCUUACCACCCCCAAAGGUAACUACACCUCUUGCUUCCCCUCGCAGAGCCCAAGUGUUGGAGGAUUUACGAGAGGUUACUGUCCAGUACAUAUCUUGCCCGGAUCCAUCAGAAAGCGCUGCUCUUCGUAUGAGGGUGAUGCAGAGUGAGGCGGAGAAACUCAUGGAAAAAACAGCUGACUCAAUCAUCGCUUACCAGAAUACUAUGGAGGAAAACCCACCACUAAACCUAGUUCCUGUAAGCGACACCCCCUUAAGCCCCUGUCUGACCAAUCCAGAUCUUCCAAUCUUAGGGAGAAGCACCUCAAGCUCUAACAAGCGAGGAAGGGGUCGUCCCCCUGCACACAAACAAGCACCAAAACAAAACCAGAAGCUGUUAGGAGCAAAAUCCCAAAAAGAAAAUUUUGCCCAGGGAUCCCCAAGAAAGACAACUGCUACUCGAGUGGUGGAGAAACCAGGACCAUCUAAGACAACACAUAAGAAAGGGUCAAAAUCCUCACCAAAAGGCAAAACCCAGGCCUCGAGAUCUCAGAACUCAACCCCGGACCAGAACAGGAGUUCUCAUCACAACCUAUCCACCUCUCAACAACCCUCCUCUUCUGGCGCACCUUUGAUCUCCUUAAUCCCUGCAAUAAAGAGAAAGAAUGCGGAUUUUCAGAAUCCCCCAACCCCAAUUCCUUAA